AUGGCUGUUGUAGAUCCUGUUGUUGUUACGGAUGGUGAAUUUGUCAUCGGCAUGGAGUUUAGUUCUAGAGAAACUGUGAUUGCAGCAAUUAAAGAUUAUACUAUUCGUCGGGGUGUGGAUUAUCAAGUGACUAGUCUUAUUAAGAGAAAGUUUUGUUGGGUUAUAAGGUGGUACAAUGGUAGUCACACAUGGUCCAGGACAACAAUCUCUCAAGAUCAUGCCAAGAUAAACGCAGACAUGAUUGCAGAGGUUAUAAAGCCAUUGGUUGAAGUUGAUCCAUCUUUAAAGGUGAAAUCUGUGAUUGCUGAAGUACAAUCGAAAUUCAAUUAUACGAUAAAUCCAUCAGCUGCAGUUGAGAUCGAAACUGCACCAGCUUACCUAGGGGAUGAGGUGGUCCAGGAUAUUAGGAUACUGACACGGGUGUUUUGGAGCUUUUACCCUUGCAUUAGAGCAUUUAGGAGCUGCAAACCAAUCGUCCAAAUAGAUGGCACACAUCUGUAUGGCAAAUACAAAGGAGCUCUCUUAGUUGCAGUUUCUCAGGAUGGCAAUGGCAAUAUUGUGCCUCUUGCAUUUGUCGUUGUUGAGGGUGAGACUUCUGAUGCAUGGCACUUCUUUCUUACUCAUUUGCGCACACAUGUGGUGACGCGGGAUGGUAUUGGGCUUAUCUCUGAUCGACACGACUCUAUUACCUCAGCAAUAGCACGUAGUAACGGAUCAUGGGAGCCUCCGAGAGCUAUUCGCAUGUUUUGUGUUAGGCACAUAGCAUCCAACUUCUUAAGGAAUUUCAAGGCACCGUAUUUACAGAAGUUGAUUGUAAAUAUGGGUUAUUGUAGGACUGUGCAUGAAUUUAAUGUGCAGUAUGCAAGAUUAUGUGAGCGUGGUGAGGCUUACACUCAGUAG